CUCAUUCCUCUCUGUAACUAUCUCACACGCUCUUACUACACCGCGACAGCUGGGGAAACUUCUGCCUGCGACUAUGCCGCUCCAACGCUUUUCAUAGCCCAGCACACGCAACGAACCUCAAACAAAUAGCACAUAAUGAGUCGCCGGCAAACGCUUGCAAACGUCAGCCCGUCGCAGCUGAAUGCGAAGCUCGGCGGAAACAAUGCAGCGGGGCCAGGGCGCUCGGCUAAGGACCCGCCCGGCGCGCUUCCUGCUAAGGGGCGAAAGAGCAUGGCCGUCGGGAUGGUCGCGGACCGGCCAUCAGCUGUUGGCGCGGGCUUGGACCCGCGACGCUCCAGCGCUUUCGGCACAAAGCCGAGUGGACCGAAGCAGGACCCGCGCCCGCUGUCCAGCAAGGACUACCAAGCGAGCUGCAUCCGUGCAGUAAUCACAUACCUGUCGACGCACAAUUUCCCAGCGGCGGUGGCGCCAAAGACGCUGGCAAGCCCUACCGGCAAGGACUUCGCCACCAUCGUCACGUUCCUCUUCCAGCAGGUCGACCCCACCUUCCGGAUACAGGGAAAGGUCGAGGACGAGGUGCCCGUGUUCUUCAAGCGCCUGAACUAUCCCUUUCAAAUCAGCAAGAGCGCGUUGUUCGCUGUGGGCAGCCCGCAUUCGUGGCCCGCGGUGCUGGCUGCGCUCACAUGGCUGGUGGAGCUUCUCAACUACAUGGAGAAGGCGGACGACAAUGCGGGCUCCGCCUUCGAGCGGGAAAACAAGGUGGAGCAGGAGUUCCUGGACUACCUGUCUGCGGGCUACGGCGCCUUCAUGAGCGGGAACGACGACCGCUGCCAGCAGCUGGACGAUGAGCUGGCCGCCAAGUUCACGGCGCGGGAGGGCGACCUAGUAGCGCGCUGCGAGCAGCUCAAGCGGGCCAACGCGGAGGUGCUGGCGGAGCUGGAGCGGCUGCGGUCGCUGCCCGACCCGGUGGUGGUGGCGCAGCAGCAGCGCGAGGAGCAGCUGGUGGACAUGCAGAAGUUCGAGCAGCUCAUACAGAACCUGCAGGGCCUGAAGCAGACGCUGACGCGCAAACUGUCGGAGAAGAAGUCGGACCUGCAGGCCAAGCAGGACCAGAUCGCGGGCGCGGUGGCGGACGUGGAGCAGCUGCGGCAGCGGGUGGCGAGCCAGACCAUCAACAAGGCCGACCUGAACCGCAUGAUCAUGGAGCGCAACAAGCAAAACGAGAUGCUGAACUCCGAGAAGGAGAAGUGCGAGCAGAUGGAGUGCAAGGUGCAUGAGCAGGAGGUCCAGAUCGUGCAUCGGCUGACGGCGCUGGAGUCCACGGUGGAGCGAUACAACAAGCUGGCGCACCGGCUCAAGCUCAUCCCCGCCACCUCCAAGCGCGCCGACGGCACCAACUACGAGCUGCGCAUCAACCGCGACUCUGCCAACCAGGCGGAGUUCUCCAGCCUAGACCUCAAGGGCGUGGUGAAGCCAGGCCUGGAGCGGUUGUGCGAGAUGUACCGCACGCGCGCCAGCGAGCUCAGCCAGGACCUCAUCAGCCUGCGCGAGGCGUGCGUGGCGCGGGCGGAGCGCAACGUGGAGAAGAAGGAGGAGAACGCGGCGCUGGAGGGCGAGAUCGCUCGCCUGGAGGCUCAGCUGCAGGCGGCCAAGGACGCACACGAGGAGAAGUGCCGGCGGCUGGUGGCGCAGGCGGACAGCAUCAAGGCGCAGGUGGACGAGUUCCGCAGCGCCGCCUCCAACCGCACCGAGCACAUGGAGGAGCGCCUGUCGCGCGUGCAGGCCGCCUACGAGCAGACCAAGCGAGAUAGCGAGGCGGAGCUGUCACGGCUGGAGUCGGACCUGAAGGCGGCGAUGCAGAUGCUCAUCGCGCACAAGGAGGCCGUGGGCGGGGCCAUCAGCCGCGCGGCGGGCGCGGUGCGGCAGGUCAAGGCGGAGCUGGCGGCAGGAGGGGCGCCGCGGCCGGUGGCGGUGGCUUGAGCGGGGCGGUGGACGCAAGGGAGGAAGCUGUGGUGCCCUGGUUGGAAGGCUGGAGUUCGGUUGAGGGUGGUCUGGUCGGAUGAUCAGAGCUGGGAGUUGCUGCUUACACGUUGGUGGGGGCUGUACGGAUGACGGGCGAAAGGAUGUGUGCAGGGGUGGGUGACGUGUACUCGGUGCUUGAUCGCCAGAUGCGAUGCGCGGGCCGGACAUCCAGUGCAACUGUGCAAGGGACUGAUGACCUGCAGCCAGUCACGCGCUGUGGAAGGAUGGCCUAGAAUUCUAGAUGGCCCACAAACACGGGAGCUGCGCGGCGCUCCUGUUGCACACGUGAUGUCCAGACGAGCGCAAUUCUCUGGAAAAUGCUGGUUUCCACAUGUGUC